AUGGUGAUGCGGGAGGCUGAGAUGGAUUUCCAAGGCGAGUUGGAAUCGCAGUUACAGAACGAAGAAGAACUGAACAAGAAUCAUUCUUUCUCGUCGCUUGGAAGACAGUCAUCAAUAUACUCACUCACCCUCGACGAGUUCCAACACAGUCUAUGUGAGAGUGGCAAGAACUUCGGUUCCAUGAACAUGGACGAGUUCCUCAGCAGCAUUUGGAACGCACAAGAGAACCAAACCAUAAACUCUUCAAACACCAACAACUUGUCUUUAACCCAAACUUCCACAGAGAAAGGGAUAAGGAAACAACCAAGCCUCCCUCGCCAAGGUUCACUAUCCAUUCCUGCACCUCUCUGUAGUAAAACAGUGGAAGAAGUUUGGUCUGAGAUACACAAAGAACAACAACAGCAUCAGAGUAACAAUAACACCAACACCAACAACAACAACGUUGUUCAGAAUACUGAGUUUGCAACCACACCUCGCCAACCCACUUUUGGGGAAAUGACUUUGGAGGAUUUCUUGGUUAAAGCAGGUGUAGUUCGGGAACAAUGUGCUAUGCAAACUGCACCAGCUUCUCAGCAGCAUUACGGGGUGUAUAGCACAAGUAACAACUCUACAAUGGCUUCUUCUUUUGUUGGUGGACACGUUAUUGGAGAAGGGAAUGUGGUUGCACCGCCUUACCAAGCGGUGGCUCAGGGAGGUGGUGCAGUUGGGGAUAUUUCCGGUAAGAGGGAUGGUUCUUCGGGGUAUGCUCAGCCGUCAGGGGUUUGCUUUGGAGGGAGGGUGGUGAAUGGAGGGGGAGGGGGAGGAGGUGUGUAUGGGGUGGCACAGACUAUAGGAAUGGCUUCACCUGAUCAUGGGAUUGGUAAUGAGAACUCUGGUGGCCAAUUUGGGGUUGAGAUGGAUGGUUUAAGAGGAAGAAAGAGGAUGGUGGAUGGUCCUGUGGAAAAGGUGGUGGAGAGAAGGCAGAGGAGGAUGAUCAAGAACAGAGAAUCAGCAGCCAGAUCUAGAGCCAGAAAACAGGCAUACACAGUGGAAUUAGAAGCAGAACUCAACCAAUUAAGAGAAGAGAACGCCCAACUUAAACAGGCGCUGGUCGAGCUCGAGAGGAGAAGAAAGCAACAGUGUUUUGAGGAGGUGAAUGUGAGAGUUCAAACCAAAGCUCAUAAGGCAAAAGAGAAACUGAGAGUAUUGAGAAGGAACCUGAGUUGUCCUUUGUGA